AUGGACGACCCUCCAGGCACCAUACCCAAGCCUAUCAUGAACCACCCUCGUCGCCCCCCCGCCCACAAGUCCGUCUCCCUCCGACACAGCCCUCCAGCCUCUGCAUCGGGCGCACAACCCAAGGAACGGAAUACCAGCCGCAGCUCCCCAACCCUAGCCAGCGACAAGGCCAACCCACCGUCGAGUCAUCUGGGUACCGACGGCAGCAGUACCGAAGAUUUCCGAAGCGUCAUCGACGACCUAACCGUGGCAAACAAGCGCCUCAAACAGAGGCUCAAGAAGUACGAGAAGCUCUACGAUGCUCAUCUGCAGGACGAGAAGCUAUUCGAAGUCAGGUUCCACGGUCUACCUGAUCACAAGAAGAAAGAGUUGGAAGAGACACUGCGCAAAUUUGCUUCUGAGCUCGAUGACGGAACCACCCACGAUUACGUGCGCGUGUCGACGGCCUAUACCCCAGUACUCGAGACCCACAACACCUCUUCGUCAACAUCACGGUUUGCCGAGUCUGGCUAUGCGUCCUUGUCAACAUCUGGUCAAAACUCGGCAGGAGCCUCAAACCAAGAAAAGGAUCGUAAGAUGACCCGGUCAGCAUACAGCCGCCAGCAACAGAGCAUUCAAUCAUACCUUCAUGACAUCCCAAUGGGUUUGAUGCCGAAUACCAAAAGUGUUCCAAUGACCGAGAAGUCGAAAAAGAAAAUGAUCGUUCGGCGCUUGGAGCAAAUAUUUGCUGGAAAGCGAUCAGUGCCAGGAUCGCAUCCGCAGCCAAUGCAACAGCAAGAGGUUGCCCAAUCAGCAGCAACGGCAGAUCGCGAGCAACGGGAAGCGACUGGCCAGCAUUUCAGACCAGAAGGCCAGCGUGAAGCUCGCAUCAUGUCUGGCCGUGGCGUAGCUGAUGAAGACGAUGUGAAUCAGAACGUGGCCGUCCAAGGACUGCGACCCGCUCUGCACAUUGAGGAACAUGACUUCGCUGGCUCAGGCUCUUCUCCUGAUCAACGACCCACCCGUCCACUAGACUUGGACCCUUAUCGCGCGCAGAUACCAAACGAGAACAUGAGUUACAUCCGGCACCUCGGUUUCAGCCCACCCGAUAUGAAUACUGGAGAAGCCCCACUUGGCCAUGGUUGGAUAUAUCUCAACUUGCUUAUCAACAUGGCACAACUACACACCCUCAAUGUUACUCCCGAGUUUGUCAAGGAUGCCCUCCAGGAUUAUAGCAGCCACAUUGAGAUUUCUCGCGAUGGACGCAAGGUUCGAUGGAAGGGCGGUCGCGAGGUCACGCAACACAGUGGCGAAAGUUCAUCGGAGCAUUACAGUAACGCCUCACCCAACGAGACAGGAUCUUUCUCGCCCUUCAAGCGCAUGAAGACUGGAAAUAGCGGCAGCGGCAGUGAUCCCACUGGCUCUGAGCAGGCAAGGCGAUUGGCCCGCUAUCAGCGCGAGAGAGAACAGAACAAGUUUGCUUACAAGCCACUAUUCUUCCACAAGGAAGAUUCCGACAACGAGGAUGACUUCUACGGCUUCGAUGCUGAUUCCUCGGUAAAUUAUUCUCAUCAGCCGCAACAGACGGGCAACUCUUCGGGACUCAGCAGCUCGGUUAUGCAGAGCUCUUCUUCCAGGCCAAGAAGGCGUGAGAACGGACCCAUGAUUUUCUACAACAAAGCCAAGUUCUGUACUGACCUUAGUGGUGACAACAACGGGGCGUUUCUCACGAUGCCCGGUAAUUACCAACCUAUUACCAACCAGCCUCUGGGCGCAAAGUUGAGCUCUUCAUCCCUGGACAAUGCUGUCACCGAACUUUCUGAGUCACGAGGCUCCUUGGAUACCCUGAUGAUGGAGACUGAGUCAAACAACGGUUCACGCACCGUCUCUAGUGGAGACAACAUAAGCUUUUCCCCAGAAGCCCUGAGGGGUACCAGUGGCAACAACAGUCCUGAGCUCAUGGACUUUGAGGCUUCUGGUAUUGGUGGAGUACAGCCGGAGGACAACUUCUCCAUCCAUGUUCGUCGCUCGCAAAUACCAACAGUACCGUCCCACGUCGCCGCUCGCCACCGAACCAGCUUUUACCCCAAGCCCAUUCAAGAUGCGCUCCGUUCCGAGCAUGAUUCAAUGGAAACCGAGUCUCCACGAUCCAGUCCCCAGCGUGUUAUUCAUGAGAAGAUUCUUUCUGCAUCACGCAAGGAUCUGCCCAGCUCGACUCUACCGCCUGCAUCCUUCCUUCCUCUCGACUCUUGUUCCUCAGGCGAUAUCGAUUCCGAAUUUGCAUCCGACGCUUCGUCUGAACCCGAAUCUGAUUCCGAUUGCCCGGCUACAGCUAUGCAAAUUCUCAAUAUUGCGCCUGUCCGCUCGGAUGAAUCUGAAGCGUCAGACUCUGAUUACGAAGAUAGCGACGAUGGCAGCGUUGAUCUGCUGGCCACUGCUCGCCUGCAAAAUCCCAAUGCUGUUAUUGCAAGCGAGCGCGAAUACGACGCCGCACUUGCAGAUCGCCUCGCUGAGGAGAUACCUGCUGGCAGUUCAGCAGCGACGGCAGGCGGUGGAAGUGGAUUCAACAGUCCUGUCGACGGUGCCCAUGAAGUAGAGAAUCGGGUUAAUCGACAAAGUGGGUCGAGUAGUAUGGCAUCUGGUCCCGUCAGAUUGAAGCGUGCUAGGACCAGCGAUUCGACGAACCCGCAACCGACAAAGAGCCCAAAGACUAGGAAAGCAGAAAUCUAGAGUCGGUUUGGACGAUUUCAUUUUAGGGAAAUUUGAUUGCAUCGCUAUUUCUCGUGUUGGAGUUGAAGAGGUUCUGGAACCCGAGGAGGCUUUCUUUUUUUUCCUGUGCAUAGUUUUACAUCUUUGAUACCCCCUUUUUGUUGCCCGAUGGCAGUUUGAUAUCCUCUUGGGCCACACGAAUGAAAUUUGCUCAAACACAUGUAUGCGUGCCUCGUUGUGAAUCUUGUAGGGUUGCACAUGGU